UUCUCUUUGUUUUAGGGGAAAAAAUUAGAUUACACCUUGUCAAAUUAAAAUAACAAAAACUAAAACAGUCAAGUCUGUGUUUAAAAUUACAGAGCUGCGUGAAAAACAAUUGGAUUCUGAUUAUUUUCUGUUCAAUCCUGUAAAAAACAACAGAAAAAAAAAAAGAAUUGCAAAAUACCAGAGAUGUUCAGCCAGCCUGUCGCUCAGCUAAUGUGGUUUUUUAAGUGAAAAGUAACAAUUAUUCGGAAGGUAAUGGAUUUCCUCCAGACCAAAUCCAAGCCUUGGUCUCAAUCUUUAUUUAUCUACCUAUUUACCUAUUUAUUUUAUUUACUGUGAAGGAAAUGAGGAAGGAGAUGGGCAGGAGGAGGGAAGCUUCUCAUCCUGUGGAGGGGCAGAGGUCGGAAAUCCAAAGCCCAAAAGGUCUCACCCCAGGGGAAUGAGCCUGGAAUUGGAACGGGAGAGGGAGAGGCAGAGGCGGCUGCACGGACACGCAGGGCCAGGGCCAGACCACAUUUGGGAGGGGAGGACAGGUGUAAUCUAAGCUUCACUAAUAAUUAGAGGCUGCACAUUAUUUUGGCACCCUUUCCCCUACCCCUCCUCAUUUUGGAGCAAGACGGAAUGACUCCUGUCUCCCCAAAAUGGCCAAUAAUGUCCGCCUUCUCACCUCAUUUGGAGCAGCAGCUUGCUGAGUGUCAAAAUGUUUAAUACCAUUUGGUUUUGUUUGGUGCUUUCAACCAGUCACUUCACUUUCUUUUGUUUCCUUUUCUUUUCCGAUUAAUUUCUUCUUUAAGGUAUAAGAUGCAUUUCUCUUUGAGUUGGUUUAAUGUGAAUCGGGGUUUGAAGUGACAGGUUCUUGUCCAGGACAUUCUCCUUUUACCCACCUUGCUCCUCCUCCAACAUUUUUUCUCUCUGAGGGAAUCUGGAAGGGGCUUUAAAAGAGCAGCUGGUGGUGUUCCUCAGCACAAACUGGCUGGUCCUCAGGUUUCUCUCAUUAGCAGCAUCAUGGGAACACAUUUUAAGGAUGGAUUCUGGUGUUGCAAAAGUCAACCCACUGGAUCUCCCAGUGUCUCUUCCAAUCAGGUCUGUAAAUGUUGCAAAAACACCUCUCACCUUGUGGACCCCGAGUGGUGAUGGGGAACCUGAGCCGUGCUGAUUGGGACCAAAAAAAGCCAAAAAUGCCACUCACAGAACACAAACUGGGUCAACCUCUGCCUCCGUGAGCAGCAACAAAACCAAUUGGCUUCCCAAGGGUGUGAAAAGUUAUGGAUCUGUUCUGUUUCUGAAAAAAAAGCACAAUUUGGGGUGCAGAUUUGCAGUGUGAAAUGCUUAUCCAACAAUUAAACAGACUCAUAACUAACUGCACUUAAGAAAUUUCCCUGUGCCUCUGAAAUGGCUUCUCUGCAUUGAAAUAAUUAUUGCACCCCAAACAUCCAGCUCUAGUCCUGGAAUUUGGUUCUAUCCAUAACAAGCUGUAUCCUUGUUUGAAAAAAGGCUCCUGAGAGUUUUUUGGCCAUGGACAAUGUCUGUUUGUGUGUGCCUGCUUGUGUGUGUCUGUCGGGAGCUGUUGCACAUGGAGCAUGCACGUCCGUGUACGCAUGCGGGAUCUGGCAAAGCUGUCCUGGAAACCAAACACCCCUGGAACUCAGGGAAGGUCCUUCUUGCACCAGAAACUGGGAAAUGUGUUAUUAGGCAAGUGUCAAUAAAGCAGAGGCCUGACUGCCCCAUCCCAAUGUUUCCUUUCCAGAGAGGGCAGUUCUGUUCUUCCCGAUCCUUUGAAAGUGUUGGAUGGCAAAAUGGAAGGGAUCUCUCCACCCAGUUUUUUUCUUGUGAAAUUCCUCUCCUUCAGCUGCUGUGGAGCUGGACCCAGAGCUGAAAUUGGUCUUGAUUCCAUUUCCAGCUUCCUUUCCACCACGACUCUCCUCCUCCUGGGCCUUGACCUAAAGGCUGACCCAGAGAUUCUCAGCUUGACAAAUUCCCUCUCUCCAGCCAAAUGCAAAUGUUCCAGCAAUUAAAAUAAGCAGCUGCCUGAUGGCUCUGGGUAGCCAGAGAUGAACCCUGUGCCUGUUGUGGUUAUUGCAGCCCUAAGCCAUCACAGGGCUGUAUCCAGGGGAUUCUCUGAGGUCCCCAACAUUUAACUGGAGUUCUUUUCCCAUCCUAGAUCAGUGUGUGGAUGUUGGUAUAUCUGUGCACACAGGACAGUCUAGGGUUUUUUUUAAACCAGGAUGCACCAAGGAAGUGCUGCUGCCUGUUUUGGGCUCCUCUCAGCCCUAUUCCAAAUUCUCCCUCCUUGUGGAACAGGUGAUGCUGAGGGCUGGCAUCCAGAGGUGCUGGGUGCUUGGUGCUUCCCUUGGAGGGUGACAAAUGCCACUAAAGCAGCCCAAAGUAAGGAUCCCUGAGACCCCAGGGCUGACCUGCACCCCUGGGAGCUGUCAGGAGGAGGGCAGGGCUGCUCUGCAGCUUUCUGGGAACGUGCUCUGUGCAGCCCCUGAGCUUGUGUUUUGUGAGUGGAUUUCUCCUCCCCUGCCCCAAACCACAGCCAGGAACAGUCGGUUCCCUUCAGACUCCGAUUCUCAGCGCUCCGCCCUACAUCAGAUGAUGCUUUUCAGUUAUUAAAUUCUGGUUUGUUCUUUUUCUUUUCUUUGUUUUCUUAAUUUUUUUUCCUUUCUUUUUCAGUUGGGUUUCAUUUCUUUGCGAUUAGCUUCGGUUUGGAUUAAUUGUCUUGUUCUGUUCCCAUGACAACUCAGUGUUUGCAUCCCACCUGCCGUUGUUUGUUGCUGUUGAUGCUGUUUGCUGGCCGGAUCUUGUCCGGAUGUGUCUCCCCAUUCCUCCUCACCUUUCCCACCUUGCCUCCCCUCUCCGGAAGGUCACAUACCAGCCCCCCCUCAGAAGAGUCAUCCCACCCCAGAUCUGUCUGCAUGUUGACCCCACUUGUUUCUUUCCGAGUUCUCUCCAUCUUGUCUCAGACUGUGACAGGUGUGGUUUCCACCUGGCUCCAUUUUCUGAAGUGUGGUACUUCUGGAAGCAGGAUGGAGUAGGAAACAGGGAUGCACCCUCGUGGCUAGGGCUGAAUGUUCUCCCUAGGGGCAGGAGGGAGCAAGGAGCAUGUUUCUGAUCCUUUGAGCCAGUGCCUGAGGUGGAACAAACACCGUGGUACCCUCCUUACACCUUUCUGCAGGUAGAAAAUCAUCUUCUAGUGUCAGUGGCCAGGUGAGCUUGCAGCCCCUCCCUCCACAUCCCCAUCCUUCUCCCAGCUGAGGGCAUGCCCCCCAUUCUCUCUGCAAAUCCGUGCAUGCAGGAAUUCCCCUUUGCCACCUCUGAGCUUCUAAUGCCACCAAUCUGGAAGUCUUCUCUUCCUUGCCUCCCAGUGCUGGUUCCUCGCUACUGGUUCUCACAGAAAAGGGUCUGACAGCCUGAUGGGGAGAGCAGACCUUGCUGUGACAAUGUCCCUUGUCACCUUGCAGGGUUGGCCUUUGUUUGCCAAAGCCCCGCUAAACAGCAAACAGCUUCUGCCUCUCCUGGCAGUGCCCUUCCCCUUGGAAAAGAUCCACAAAACUGGAAGAUAAACACUAGCAAGCCCCAAGACCGUUCCAGGGGACAUCUGAAGGCACUGGGAGGGACAAUGGCAGGCUCAGUCCUGCUGUCCUUUGCUUUGCUUUGGCAUGAGGCAAAGCCACCAAGCUUUGGAGAGGCUGUGCAGAGGUUACUUGGGAACAGACAGCAGGAACAGAAUGUUCUCAGCCCUCUGGACCCUCCUGCCCCUCGCCCACCCUGCCUGUGGCAGUUCCUGCAUGGCUGUCCCUGGAGCUGGAGGAGUCUUGCACCCCUGCUAGCCUCCAGCUGCUGCAGUUCCUGCAUUUUCCCCAGGUCCUGUAUCCUUUUGUCUUUCUUGUCGGAGGAGACCCUGCCCUCAGCCCCCUCCCUAGGCCCUCUCUGAUCCACACACAUUCUCCUUUGUCCUUUCCCCCCUAAAGAAGGGCACCCAGCAUCUCUCCAGCCAGCCCAGGUAGCUCAGAAAAUGGAGCCAAGGAAGCCACAGCCUCCCCUUUGCGUCCAUGUUCUUCCUGUGUAAGGUCUGGAAGCUGCAUCCACCUCUCUGCUAAGGAGAUGCACAGAACAUGUCACUGUUUUCUCAACGUUAAAAGUUUCAUUACCUUGUUUUUCUUAUUAAUUCUAUUCUAUUUAUUAUUCCGCCAGGGCUGAGAUGUGACAAUGUGAGCCACCACAUUGAGUCACAUCAGCUAGAAAAAUUCGCCGUGUGGCCCCUCGCUUCUCCAUCCUCCCUGUCAGCCAUGAAAUCAUGCCCGGGGGCAACGUCAACAUCACCUGCGUGGCCGUGGGGUCUCCCAUGCCCUACGUGAAGUGGAUGCAGGGAGCAGAGGACCUGACGCCCGAGGAUGACAUGCCCGUGGGCAGGAACGUCCUGGAGCUCACGGACGUCAAGGACUCUGCCAACUACACCUGCGUGGCCAUGUCCAGCCUGGGAGUCAUAGAAGCCGUUGCCCAGAUCACGGUGAAAUCACUUCCCAAGGCUCCUGGGACGCCAGUGGUGACAGAGACAACAGCAACGAGUAUCACCAUCACCUGGGACUCUGGAAAUCCAGACCCCGUGUCCUACUAUGUCAUUGAGUACAAGUCUAAGAGCCAGGAUGGACCAUACCAGAUCAAGGAGGACAUCACCACCACGCGCUACAGCAUUGGGGGGCUCAGCCCCAACUCCGAGUACGAGAUCUGGGUCUCUGCAGUCAACAGCAUCGGGCAGGGGCCUCCCAGUGAGUCGGUGGUCACCCGAACUGGGGAACAAGCUCCUGCCAGUGCCCCCCGCAACGUGCAGGGCCGGAUGCUGAGCAGCACCACCAUGAUCAUCCAGUGGGAGGAACCGGUGGAGCCCAACGGGCAGAUCCGAGGCUACCGGGUCUAUUACACCAUGGAGCCCGACCAGCCCGUCAGCAACUGGCAGAAGCACAACGUGGAUGACAGCCUGCUGACCACCGUGGGCAGCCUCCUGGAGGAUGAGACCUACACCGUGCGAGUGCUGGCCUUCACCUCCGUGGGGGACGGGCCCCUGUCCGACCCCAUCCAGGUUAAGACACAGCAAGGAGUUCCUGGGCAGCCGAUGAACUUCCGAGCAGAAGCCAAGACCGAGACGAGCAUUGUGCUGUCGUGGAGCCCCCCACGCCAGGAGAUCAUAGUGAAGUACGAGCUCCUCUACAAGGAAGGAGACCACAGCAAGGAGGUGCUGAAGAACUUCGAGCCCACGACCUCGUUCACGGUGGAAGGCCUGAAGCCCAACACUGAGUAUGUCUUCCGGCUGGCCGCCCGCUCGGCCCUGGGGCUGGGGGCCUUCACCCCGGAGGUCCGAGAGCGCACCUUGCAGUCUAAACCGUCUGCCCCCCCUCAAGAUGUAAAAUGUGUCAGCACCCGCUCCACCGCCAUUCUGGUAAGUUGGCGGCCGCCUCCGGCCGAGAGCCAGAACGGCGUCCUGGCCGGCUACAGCGUCCACUAUCGAGCGCUGGACUCGGAGGACACGGAGCUAAAGGAGGUGAAUGAUAUCCCCCCAACCACCAGUCAGAUCCUGCUGGAGUCCCUGGAGAAGUGGACCGAGUACCGCGUCACCGUGGUGGCUCACACGGAGGUGGGGCCGGGCCCGGAGAGCUCGCCGGUCAUCGUGCGCACGGAUGAAGAUGUGCCCAGCGCUCCGCCGAGGAAGGUGGAGGUGGAGGUGCUCAACUCCUCGGCCAUCCAGGUGUUCUGGCGCUCGCCGGUGCCGAGCCGCCAGCACGGCCAGAUCCGCGGCUACCAGGUGCACUACGUGCGCAUGGAGAACGGCGAGGCCAGGGGGCUGCCCCACAUCAAGGACAUCAUGCUGGCAGACGCCCAGUGGGAAACAGAUGACACUGCUGAAUACGAAAUGAUCAUUGCUGGGCUCCAGCCGGAGACUGCCUAUUCCAUCACCGUGGCCGCCUACACCAUGAAGGGAGAUGGUGCUCGCAGCAAACCCAAAGUGGUCACCACCAAGGGUGCAGUCCCAGGAAAGCCCAUCCUGUCUGUGCACCAGACAGAGGAGAACACUCUGCUGGUGAAAUGGGAGCCCCCGCUGGAUGCGGAGGGCCAGGUGUUGGGCUACCGGCUCCAGUUUGGCCGCAAGGACGUGGAGCCUCUGGCCACCUUGGAAUUCUCAGCGCUGGAGGAUAAGUACAUCGCUCCCAGCAUCCACAAGGGCGCCACGUACGUGUUCAAGCUGGCCGUGAAAAGCCGGGCUGGCUUUGGGGAGGAAGCCGUGCAGGAACUCACCACCCCCGAAGACAUCCCCAAGGGUUACCCCCAAAUCUUGGAGGCGAGCAACGUCACGUCCAUGUCGGUGCAGUUUGGCUGGCUGCCCCCCGUGCUGGCCGAGAGGAACGGAGCCAUCGUCAAAUACACCGUGGCCUACCGGGAAGCCGGUUCUCCCGGGAACCUGCUGGAAAAAGACCUGCCCCCCUCCCCAGAGAACUCGUACACCCUCAACGGCCUCAAACCCAACACCGCCUAUGAUGUUAAAAUCCGUGCUCACACCAGUAAAGGCCCCGGGCCCUACAGCCCGACCGUCCAGUAUCGGACGUUCCAGCUGGACCAAGUUUUACCCAAAAACUUCAAGGUGAAGAUGGUGACAAAGACAUCUGUCCUUCUGAGCUGGGAGUUCCCUGAGAAUUACAACUCUCCUACCCCAUACAAGAUCCAGUACAAUGGGCUGCACGUCGACGUGGACGGACGGACCACCAAGAAACUCAUCACCCACCUGAGGCCCCGCACCUUCUACAACUUCGUGCUGAUGAACCAGGGCAACAGCAUGGGGGGGCUGCAGCAGAACGUGGCAGCCUGGACUGCUGCUGACAUGUUGUCCAAGAAGCCAGAGGUGACCCACAAGGCUGAUGCUGAUGGCAACGUGGUGGUGAUCCUCCCCGACGUGAAGAGCCAUGUGCCUAUCCAAGCUUUCUACAUUGUGGUGGUGCCUCUGAGGAAGUCCCGGGGAGGACAGUUCCUCAACCCCCUGGGCAGCCCUGAGGAGAUGGACCUGGAGGAGCUGAUCCAGGACAUCGCCAGGCUGCGGCGCCGGAGCCUGCGGCACUCGCGGCAGCUGGACUUCCCCAAGCCCUACAUCGCUGCCCGCUUCCGCUCCCUGCCCUCCCACUUCAUCCUGGGGGACAUGAAACACUAUGACAACUUCGAGAACAGAGCCCUGGAGCCAGGGCAGAAAUAUGUGCUCUUCAUCCUGGCCGUGCUGCAGGAACCCGAGGCUACUUAUGCUGCCAGUCCCUUCUCUGACCCCAUCCAGCUGGACAACCCUGACCCCCAGCCCAUCAUUGAUGGGGAGGAGGGGCUCAUCUGGGUCAUCGGGCCCGUCCUGGCCGUGGUCUUCAUCAUCUGCAUCGUCAUCGCCAUCCUGCUCUACAAAAACAAACCAGACAGCAAACGGAAAGACUCCGAGCCACGGACCAAGUGCCUCCUGAACAACGCUGAGAUUGCCCCCCACCACCCCAAGGACCCCGUGGAAAUGAGGAGAAUCAACUUCCAGACUCCAGAUUCUGGUCUGAGCAGCCCUCUCAGUGACCCUGAGUUUGACUUGGAAAGUAUGCUCAGCCACCCACCCAUCCCCGUUUCUGAGCUGGCUGAACACACAGAGCAUCUCAAAGCUAAUGAUAACCUGAAAUUAUCCCAAGAGUAUGAGUCCAUCGACCCUGGCCAGCAGUUCACCUGGGAGCACUCCAACCUGGAAGUGAACAAGCCCAAGAACCGCUACGCGAACGUGAUCGCCUACGACCACUCCCGGGUCAUCCUGCUGCCCAUCGAAGGAAUUGUGGGCAGUGAUUACAUCAAUGCCAACUACAUCGACGGGUACCGGAAGCAGAACGCCUACAUUGCCACACAGGGGCCCCUGCCAGAGACCUUUGGGGACUUCUGGAGGAUGGUGUGGGAGCAGCGCUCAGCCACCAUUGUCAUGAUGACUAAGCUGGAGGAGAAAUCACGGAUAAAGUGUGACCAGUACUGGCCAGGCCGAGGCACAGACACCUACGGAAUGAUCCAAGUGACCUUGCUGGACACCAUUGAACUGGCCACGUUCUGCGUGCGGACGUUCUCCCUUCACAAGAACGGCUCCAGCGAGAAGCGCGAGGUGCGGCAGUUCCAGUUCACGGCGUGGCCAGACCACGGCGUGCCCGAGUACCCCACCCCCUUCCUGGCCUUCCUGAGACGGGUCAAAACCUGCAACCCCCCGGAUGCUGGGCCCAUCGUGGUGCACUGCAGCGCGGGCGUGGGCCGCACCGGCUGCUUCAUCGUGAUCGACGCCAUGCUGGAGAGGAUCAAGCACGAGAAGACCGUGGACAUUUACGGGCACGUCACCCUCAUGAGGUCCCAGCGUAACUACAUGGUGCAGACGGAGGACCAGUACAGCUUCAUCCACGAUGCCUUGCUGGAGGCCGUGGCCUGCGGCAACACCGAGGUCCCGGCUCGGAACCUCUACAGCUACAUCCAGAAACUGGCCCAGAUCGAGGCCAGGGAGCACGUCACGGGCAUGGAGCUGGAGUUCAAGCGCCUCGCCAACUCCAAGGCCCACACCUCGCGCUUCAUCAGCGCCAACCUGCCCUGCAACAAGUUCAAGAACCGCCUGGUGAACAUCAUGCCCUACGAGACCACCCGGGUGUGCCUGCAGCCCAUCCGCGGCGUCGAGGGCUCCGACUACAUCAACGCCAGCUUCAUCGACGGCUACAGGCAGCAGAGAGCCUACAUAGCCACGCAGGGGCCUCUGGCAGAGACCACCGAGGAUUUCUGGAGGAUGCUCUGGGAAAACAACUCCACCAUCGUCGUGAUGCUGACCAAGCUUCGCGAGAUGGGGCGGGAAAAGUGCCAUCAGUACUGGCCCGCAGAGCGCUCGGCUCGGUACCAGUACUUCGUCGUGGACCCCAUGGCUGAGUACAACAUGCCCCAGUACAUCCUGAGGGAGUUCAAGGUCACAGAUGCCAGGGAUGGUCAGUCUCGAACUGUUCGUCAGUUCCAGUUCACUGACUGGCCAGAACAAGGUGUGCCAAAAUCAGGAGAAGGUUUCAUCGACUUCAUUGGGCAGGUGCACAAGACCAAGGAGCAGUUUGGCCAGGAUGGCCCCAUCUCUGUCCACUGCAGUGCUGGCGUGGGCAGGACUGGAGUGUUCAUCACCCUGAGCAUCGUCCUGGAGCGGAUGCGCUACGAGGGGGUUGUAGAUAUUUUCCAGACAGUGAAGAUGCUGCGAACACAACGACCUGCAAUGGUGCAAACAGAGGAUGAAUACCAGUUCUGUUACCAGGCAGCUCUGGAGUAUCUGGGAAGUUUUGAUCACUAUGCAACAUAAAAAGCCAUCGUUGUGCAGACUCUACCAACCACUUCAGUCCUGGAAGGCCCCUUCUGACCCAGGAGGAGCGCUUGAACUUACAAAACUGACUCAGAAGAAGAACCUUUUCAUCUGGACAGUGCAUCGGGAGCAGGGGGGAGGAUUGGAAGGAGGAACACCCCGUGGGGAUCUCCGUGUUGUGACCUGGCCCUGGCAGGGGCAGCUCGGGAGGGCUGCUCGGAACUGCUCUGGAACCUCAGGAGGUGUUCGCUGGGGAGGACGGAUGGACACGGGGAAACCCAUCCCAAAGCUACAACACACCUUGGGAACUGUUUCGGCUGGAGAAGGGAAGGAAAAACCGACUUUGGUUACAUCAUUAGAGUUCAGUUCAUUUACUAAUGUAGUUGGCAGUCUUUAAAGGAAGUCACUUGCAGAAUUAAUUGAAGGUGUUCUGUGGACGAAAAGGAGCUAAAUCUCAACACUUAGGCAAACUUAGGGUCAGGAGUUCUUCUAGCUGGAGUCUUAAUAACCUCAGUAUCAGCAUUGGGAUGAUUCUGGGCUUGCAGGCACCUUGCAAACAGCAUUCACGGGAUGCCCCUGCCACGCCAGAGGUUUUAUAGCUCACAUUUUGAAUACUUGGAACAUUCCUCAUUUCUUCUAAUUCCAAAAUUUCUUUUUUAGGAUAUUUCAAAGGAUAGAGAAAGAGUGAGAGUCACAACCCCCAGAGCUGGCUGUGGGGGGUAGCCCCCUGCCCUUGCUUGAGCUGGGGCCUCUGACUGCUGGGUCUGGGCCCCUUCCCAGCACACCAGGCUUUCCUUGGAGCAGGGUGGGACAGCCGGGGGAGAAAGGCAGCCCCUUCCCCAGGCUCUUUGCACAUCCACACCCCACUGCUGCCGUGAGCAUCCCCCUGCUCCUGCCAGCAGCAUCUCCGUGCCAGGGGCCCCAGAAACACCUGCAGAAAUUGAUUUCCAGCUGGUUCCUGGUGCCAGCCCCUCGCCUCUGAACUCAGCAGCUCUCAGAGCUCCUCUCAGGACUGGCCCAGCACCACGGCACUCCUUGCACAUCUCCCACGUCCCACUGUCCCCAACAUGCCCCAGCUGUAAAAGAACUGGGAAAGAUCCAGGAAGGUGCAUCCAAUGGCAAAUACUGUGAGUGGCUUUCUUUAAAGUAUCGAUGUAACUGUAACAAGUGACAUUACCUUUUUUUUAAAUAGUGUAUUUUUUCCUUUUUUUUUUUUUUUUAAAGACAAAGAAUAUCAGUCAAUGAAUUUAAAAGAAAAAUUUGCUUAUUUGUUCAUAUUAUGUUCAAAGACAGUCUAUUUUUUCACUGUAGAAAUGUUACGUGUAAUGGCUGUGAUAUAUAAAAAUGCAGUGCAAAUUGCUACUUCUACAUAUUGCUUUUCUACCAUUUAAAAGGUUUAACUUGCUCAUGUAAGAACAAAAUGUCCUUUCUGGAUUUUUUUUAUUAGUAUUAAUUUUAUUUUUUUUUUUGGGUUCUCUUGUUUGAAGUCACAGACAUAUCCCACGUCCCUGGAAGGGUGGAAGGGUGGGGGAGCAGCAGGUGGAGGGCUGGUGGCAGUGCCAAUUCCCUCCCCUUCAGCUGUGGCCAUACAGGGCCAGGGCUGAACUGGGAGAUUCAACACCACCAGUGGCUUUUGCUGACUGGAGACUGAGAUGUGAUUUUGGAGCCUUGACACCCACCAGGUGUUUUAACAUCCCAGGUGUGUUGCAGGUACCAGCCUGGCCUGUCUCUGUGCUGGUUGUGGCUCCAGUGCUCAGGAGUUUUCCUGCAGCCAUGCACAGAGCACAGGAUAUCUGAGAAAAGCCACCCUGCCCCAAACUCUGCUCACCUCUGCCCUCUCCUUUUUUUUAUUUUUCUAGAAGGGGUAAUCAUGGCCAUCAAGUGCUGCCCAGAGCCCCCCACACAACCCAUUUCCUGUCUUUAACUGAAAAAAAAGAAAAAGAAAAAAAAAAGAACCGACUGAAAGGCUUCUUCGAGAUUUUACUUAUUUGUGUGAAAGUUGCCCAAAUUUCUAAGUAUGUUGCAGCAAAAUCUUACUGGACAAGUUGGGGGGAGGGGGGAGGUUUUUUUCUUUGUAUGAGAGCAAAGUGCUGUUGCUUUCACACUGUUAUUUCAAACUGAAACAGUAAGUGGUUUUCAUACCACGGUGUAUGUAGAUAUAUUGACUUUGUAUUAAAGGAAGAUUGUCUGAA